GCAGGCUGAUUAUUAUGUCAUUCUACGGAUUAGAUAAAGAUUAACGUUAUUUAUGAACGUUAUACAAAAUCAUUCUGACAAAAUCUCAUUUUAUUAUAAUUUUGCAUUAUUUUUGUGUUGGUAGUAAACGUUUGAUGCGUUAGUUUACGAACUUAGAUACAAGUGAUAUCCCUGGUCCGAUUUUUUUUUAGACCAAACAAUCAGCCAAUGAAGUUGUCGGAUUUAGUCACCGGAUAUUACGUACCUUUGGAGAGGCUAACCUUUGGACAGUAAACAUUGUGUAAAAAUAUACACACUACAAAGACAGCAAUUUUCACUUGAGAAGCAAAGAAAAUGUUUCGCACAACAUGCUACCUCAUCCGAUCGGGAUCACAUCUGCAAAACAAUAGCAGAUAUACCUUUCUAAGGUUGAGAAGAGGUUCUCAGCUGAAGCAGACAUGCUUUGCAGGUGCCAGUACGCAAGUACAAAUACAGAAUUCAAAAUCCACACCAAAAUCAGACAAGGGAAGCACAGUAACAGCAUCGGAAGAAUCUAAGUCUUUUGGAAUGAACCUCUUUCGAGGAAAGAUAAGCACAGAGGAAAUCCUUCCCUUUCCAGAAGUUCUGACACCAACACAAGCUGAAGAACUGCAGAUGCUUUUGGAUCCAUGUGCAAAGUUCUUUGAGGAAAAAAAUGACGCACUAAAGAAUGAUGCUUUAGAAAAAAUAGACGAUGCAACUAUGGAAGGGUUGAAAGAAUUGGGAGCUUUUGGUUUGCAAGUCCCUCAACACCUGGGUGGUCUUGGACUGAAUAAUACACAGUAUGCACGUCUUGGGGAAAUAAUUGGAGCUCAUGAUCUUGGACUAAGUAUUACACUAGGUGCCCACCAGUCAAUUGGUUUUAAGGGGAUUCUGCUCUUUGGCAAUAAACAACAAAAGGAAAAGUACUUGCCUCUGCUUGCUGCUGGGAAGACAAUAGCAGCAUUUUGCCUGACAGAACCAACAAGUGGUUCAGAUGCCAGUUCCAUUCGCACCCAAGCUAUUCCAUCUCCAGAUGGAAAACACUACAUCCUAAAUGGCAGCAAAAUUUGGAUCAGUAAUGGUGGACUGGCUGAAAUCUUCACUGUCUUUGCACAGACUCCAGUGAUAAGUGACGAUGGAGAAACCAAGAAUAAAGUAACAGCUUUCAUUGUGGAGAGGUCAUUUGGUGGAGUUAGCAAUGGGCCUUCAGAGAAGAAAAUGGGAAUUAAGGCGUCUAACACAACAGAGGUGUUCUUUGAAGAUGUCAAAGUUCCAGUAGAAAAUGUUCUUGGAGGUGUGGGUGGGGGGUUCAAGGUAGCUAUGAAUAUCCUGAACAAUGGACGCUUUGGCAUGGCAGCAGCUUUGUCUGGCACCAUGAAAAGUUGCAUCGCCAAAGCUGUGGAACAUGCAGGAAGCAGAAGUCAGUUUGGACGCACAAUCAGCUCCUUUGGUGCCAUACAGGAAAAAAUUGCCCGCAUGACUAUGCUUCAGUAUGUCACAGAGUCCAUGGCAUACAUGUUGUCAGCCAACAUGGACCAGGGUUCUACAGAAUUUCAGAUUGAAGCAGCCAUUAGCAAAGUAUUUGCAUCAGAGGCAGCAUGGUAUUGUGCUGAUGAGGCAAUCCAGGUGCUGGGUGGUAUGGGAUUUAUGAGGGAAUGUGGCUUGGAACGAGUCUUACGUGACAUUCGUAUUUUCCGUAUCUUUGAGGGAACAAAUGAUAUCCUUCGUUUGUUUGUGGCCUUGACAGGAAUACAGUAUGCUGGGAGAUCAUUAAAGCAGUUGCAACAAGCUCUAAAAAACCCAGCUGCAAAUAUGGGCACUCUGCUGGGGGUUGGAGCCAAGAGGGCACGAAGGAUGGUUGGCAUCAGCUCUGGUCCAUCACUAAUUGAGCAUGUUCACCCAGAUCUGAAAGAGUCAGCAGACAAAACUGCUCGAGCUGUGGAAGAAUUUGGUGGCACUAUUGAAGAUCUCCUUAUGAAGUUCAACAAAAAUAUUGUUGAGGAACAGUUUGUGUUGAAGAGAGUUGCGGACUCUGCCAUUGACAUCUAUGCCAUGGUGUCUGUGCUGUCUCGCACAUCACGUAGUUUAAACAAGAAUCUGGCAUCAAAGGAACAUGAAAAACUGAUCUGUGAUGUUUGGUGUGAUGAGGCUUCAGAAAGGAUCAAACAGAACCUUUCUCAGGCUUCAAGCACGAAGGCACAUAAAAACUUUGAGAAGCUGUCAAAGAUUUCCAAACAAGUCGUAACUCACGGUGGCACAUAUGCUGUGCAUCCUAUAGGCUUUUGAUGUCAUAGAAUUCUGAACUGAAGCUAAAUUGUACCUCAGACUAACAAUUUACACAGGUGUCCUCAUAUUUAUUUGUGGGUACAUAUCUUUCAUAAUGCUGAAACAGGUACACAAUGCUGUACAGGUUAUGUACAGGUUUGAUAAGGCAUUGAUCCAUUGCAUUCCUUUUUUUACAAGCUGCAUGUUUUCAUCUUUGAGUACAAUCUGGGUACCGUGUUAAAGACCAUAUUGUCAAACCUCAUAUUAGAUUUGAUAGACAUUUCAUGUCAUAAAGAACAAAUAUUGUACAUUUGAUUACUGCUUCAAUGUUCAGCAGCAAAGCUUUUGGCAAAACAAUAGAAAAGAAUAAUAAUCGUGAAAAAUAUUCUUUUUUUUUUAAGCUUACCAAAAAAACCAUUUGUAUUCCAAAGUUGCAUUAACUUUACACAUGACAACAAAGAAUUUUAUGGUAUUGGCUUUUUCCAAUGUUUGUUUGAUUUUUCUGAUCUUAAUUUUUCAUGUCUUAUGUUUUAUUUUUAAUGUCCUCAAAUCAUAACAUAUAUUAUUGUGUCCCUUUAUUUAUAGUAUGACAGUUUUUAAUUGCAAGAUGGCAUGAAUUAUAUCAUUGACACAAAAGUGAAAACCAUAUUGAUUCAACAGAUUUCCGUUAGAUUGAGUGGUUGAAUUUUCAGCAAGAAUGCUAGAUUUGAGAACUUUUUUGUGGAGUUGUUCUUAUUUUGUCAUUUGUACUUAAAUGUCCUUUUUUCCCCUGAUUUUCCGGUGAUGACAGCUGUUUUGUAAACUUUGAUCUGUUUUUUACAUUUCCUACAUUCUUUGUUUACUGAUAAACAUAAAUUGAAAUGUCAAAAGCCAGUCAUAGCCGAAGGCUGUCAAAAUUCUUUCAUUGCACUGGAUGAGUGGGACUUCCAAUGCCAUAGUGAUGGUAGCAUUUGGGGGCCUCUCUAAAUAUAUUGGUAAACUGGCUGUCAAGCUUCAGAGAUUCUAUUAACCAAAAGAAAAAAAAUAUGGAAACCUGGAAUUAAAUAUGGCAAUUAGUGAAUUGGAAUGUGAACUAUUUUCCCCUCUAUAAAUAAAUUUUUCAACAGUGCAGCCAUUAGGUUCAAUUGAAUUCAAGUCUGAAUCAGCAAGCGCACUUAAGUGUUUUUUAAAGAUGAUGUUCACAUUUUAAUGUGAAAUGUUGGACAGAUGCAUAGCUCCUUGUGUAAGCCUGUUAGGUUUGUUUAUUCCUUCUGUUAACUACUUUAGCACAAUUUGUUGAGAAGUGUUUUCAGUUCUCUUUUGGAACAAGCUCAAACUGUGAUAGUACAAGUUUCUCAGCAAAUGGUGCUGGUUUCUUCCCUGGUUGGUGACAUUAACCAUAUGUGAUUAGAUGUGAUCCAGAAUGUUCAAAAGUCUGAUGUUUUGUAGACCAUAUCAUAGAGAUGCAGACAGAAAUUAACAAGCACAGCUGUUUUUAUAUUUAUGUAUAAUUUGUGACGACAGGGUUCACAAGUUGAUGUACAGCUUUGUACAUCAGAAAUGCCAUAAAUGCAAUCUGUACAAUAUUUUGUUAUUGUGUGUCUGAAAAAGAAUGUCGUGAAAGAAGAAAGAAUUAUAUGUAAAUAAAAAGAUUGUGUAAAUAAACAAAAAUGAAUAUCAUAAUGAUGAAUAUGCAUUAUUUUAUCUCUGCAGCCACAUAAAAUCUUGUGAUAUUCAUAGCUGCUGAAGUAGUGGCUAAGGAAAAAAAUUGAUUCCUAGUUUUGAUAAUGGGGGCAGAAGGAGUCCAUCUUCACAAGCCAUGAAGGGCUUAAAAACUAAUGGUGGUGCCGCUGCAAUGUCUAGAGAGAAGUUACGGAGCUGCAGUUAGUCUGAAGGCCCCACUAUAGUGGUUAUGAUUCUAGUGAGAAAUUACUGGAACUGCAGUUGGUGGGUGUCUGAGGGGGCCACUGUAGCAGUUAUAAUGGCAGGAACUGACUAUGACUAUCAAUCAUCCCAAAGAACACCAUGGUGACAUCACUAAAUGACUUCAGACCCAUGACAUCAUUCAUGAUGAAAGCUCUAAUUUUCAGACAUCUCUUAUGCACCAUUAGAGGAAAAUUGGACCCUUUUCAAUUUACCUAUCAAGCCAGUUGGUCGAUAGACAAUGCUGUCUUGCCCUUCACUUUGUCCUCCAGCACCUUGAAACCCUGGCUCCUAUGCAUGCUGCCUCUUUGUAGACUACAGCUCCCUCUUCAACACCAUCAUUCUUUGAUAAACUGUCAGCUUUUGGUCAUUCCCAGUUUGGAUCCUUCACAGCCUCUUAAACCAACCUAAGAUAGUCAAUAAUACCCUAUUAAAUAUCCCUUGGUGCUCAGUCAGGCACACAAGGUUGCAUCCUCUCUCCCUUACUGUAUUGUCUGUUUAAUGACAGUCUCACCAUCUCACAGUUUCAUUUGAAUGAAGUUCGCUGUGAGGAAGGUUUAUCUCGGACAGCAAUGAAUUUUAAUACCAUCUGGAGGUAGAUCGCCUGAGGGUGUAGUGCAGUAAAAAUAGGCUACAACUAUGUGAUGUUUAUCAUCAAGAAGGCCCAGCAACGACUUUACUUUCUGCACCAGAUGAAAAAGCUCAGUCUUAGUGAGGGACAUUUUGGUCCAAUUUUCUCAAGCAGUGAUUGAGAGUGUACUGACAAUUCUCAAUCACCAUCUGGUAUGGCAGCGCCACCCUGAGAAAGUCUGAAUUGACUGGGUAGUGUGUAGUGUAUGUGUGCAUGCAUUGUGUGUGUGGGCGCAAAGAGAUGAAUUUACUAUUUUUUAUUAUGCAGUAGUGCAUGUAGUGGCAUCUGCAAAUGUAUGUGAGAUCAGCACUUGUCAAGUGACAGCCAUCAAGUGCAAUGUCACUUGGAAAUAAAUGAAUUCUUCUUGCCAAUGUCUGAAAUUUAUUAUUUGGAUUUAAUGGGAUCUUCGUGUUUAGAAAAUCCUGAGUGAAAAGCCAGUCACACUACAAAUAAAAAUACAGGUAGUGUUUCCUCCAGACAUUUAAUUUAAUAUGGUCCAACUGGACUUCUGUCAGAGUUUAGGAAAAAAUAAGUGAUAACACAUGCAUAUAUGUUAUAUUAAAAAUGGAUAAUGCUUACAGCAGUAACAACUGAUAUAAGAUGUAAAAAGUAAAAAAAAAA